GUCAUUGAUUUGGCCAGUAAGUAAGUGACGAACUUUAAGAAAAUGAACUGGGCGAUAAUUCCAGCAAGAUGUGCUGAUGAAAACAAUGUCAAAGCGGAUUUGGAGCCACAGCACAGUCGCACUUCCACUUAUGGCAAUGGUAAUCCUGGCGAGCGUUGGACAAGCAACCGGUCGAACCGGCGGCCAAUCAGUCUACCGGCCCUCCGACCUAAGUGAUCCUUGGUCUAGGCGACACUACAGUAGCGAAAGAAGGGACGAGAAGGAUUGGCGGGACAUGCCGCCGGCGGAGCCGCGAUACCUCACGGAUCCGGAAAUACUCUUCCAACGGUUGGACGACAUGGAGCAGACAAAGGCAGCUAGUCCUGAUAAGCCGUCAUCUGCGGGCAAGGAAAAGUCUGACAGCUUCCUAGUUGGCGCCAGGAAUAUUGGCAGCCAGUUACUUAAAGAAAACUUGUCCCAAUGCCAGAGGACGGGCUGUGAUGGACCCAGAGAGGAGAUGGAGGAUCCCUUCGAGUCGCUGGCCCGCAUGAAUUUUCAUGAGCAGCUCCUGGAUCAUAAAAGCGAUCGAGAGCUGAAGAGGAUGCUGGGCUACUACAGGAGGAAGGACCGGGAUGGAAAACCCGACGUGGCCACAGCCAAUCUGUUGGCCAAGGUCAUUAGCUCCAAGGCUGAUCCCCCCAAGGCAUCGUUGAAGAGUCAGACAUGUCGGGCCACCACAGGUCGUCCGACUUCCACGGCGAGGAGCACCACGACUAGGCGGACAACCACCAGCACCACGAUGCGCAGCCCCUCUACAUUUUGCCUGCCGGAACCCUCACCCGAUCGACUGGUCAAGCCCAUGCCAUCCACUCCACCUCCAAAACCUCGUCCUCCAGCCACCCGAAAACCCUGCGGAGAAAAGGCUAAGCCCAGUAAAUGUCCACUGAAAUCGAAGUCAAAGAAACAUGGAGGUACCAAAAAGCUGCUGGACAUCAUCUUGGCCACCAAGCAGCAUGCCCUCUCGGUUCUGAAGAUCCUGAACCACCUGGAAAUGGAGCUGCUGAGCCAGUCGGCAGAAGACGACAUGGGAUUGGGGUCGGCUAAGACGGUUAAGGAGCCGCCAGGCAAAAAAACGACCUGUGAGCGAUUGGAGAAGCACCCUAAAACCAAUCAUCACAUGUUCUCCUUUGGAAUUCGACCGGCUAGCCAAAAGGAAAGCAUGUACGACUUGGCACUCGCCAAGGAGGAGGAGAUGAAGCUGGAGGAUCGGGUGUGGGAGGAGCAUCAGCAGCAGAUGAAGCUAAGGAGGCCUGUGAAGCCGAAGCGGUUUGAGGCUGCUCCGGCUGCAGCCGCUCGACUGGAACACUUCCACGAGCCUCGGAAGCGUCCUGAAUCCUUGGACUCCUUAGAAACAGUGAAGCCAGAGAGUCCCGCCCAGGACAGGCGCAUCAACCUGGAAGCCCUAAGCGUGGUGGUGAAACCGGCGCCUCCAGCUUCCAGCAAAGAUCUCCCCAAUCCUUCAGCCCGCUGGAAUCCAUCCUUUAUUCCCCGGGCUGAAAUGAAAGCCAUUCGAGUGGAGGGCCCAGUAGACGACGAGCUGCAGUCAAGCAAAGUGUUGCAAAAGAGGAAAAGGAAAAAGAAAAAACACAAGCUGUAUGCCCAGGAGCAGAAAACGGAAGCCAGUCGGUUUCCCAUUGCUGGCGUCUUUUAUUAAGUCACUUUCUUAAUGAUUAUUAGCUUUUUAUUGACAUAUUUUUCGAGCACAAAAAUAUAUUUUUGAGAACAAUUUAAAAUA